AUGCCCUUCAAUAGCAAAGAGUUUGACGAAUUCGCCAAAGAAUGGGGAUUCAAACAAACAACAUCAAGCCCAACCUAUGCUCAAUCAAACGACAUGAGUGAAAAAGCUGUACAAACCGUAAAACGGAUCCUGAAGAAGGCUGACGAUCCAUACGUUGGUCUGAUGGAGUACCGUAACACGCCUGUUACCGGAAUGACAUACUCCCCAUCACAACUGCUGAUGAGCCGCACCACAAGAACGAAGAUUCCGAUAUCCAAAGAGUUACUACUACCAGCAGUGCCAAUCAAUGCACAGCAGCAGCUUGAACAACGACAGAACCAGCAGAAGCAGAACUACGACAAAUCAACCAAACCAUUACCACCACUUGAAAUUGGAGAAAGCAUCCACCUACGCCAGGACAGUAUCUGGGUACCAGCCACCGUAUCUGGACUGGCCCCUGCCCCAAGAUUGUAUAUCGUCGCAACAUCAGAUGGACAACAAUACAGACGUAACCGUCGUGACCUUUUAAAGACCAAUAUUCCGCCUUCAACCAUAAUAGAGCAAACUGAGGAUGUUGGUGAAGAACAACCGACCAUUAUUACACAACCACCAGAUUUAGACCUCCAGAAUCCACCUAAUCAGGGACGACCAAUGAGAACCACAGCGCUACCAAUAAAAUACAGAGACUAUGUCAUGAAAUGA